GGGGGCUACUGUGCUGGUUUAAAGGGCAGCCUUGCCUCGUUGGAGCAGCCGGCUCUCUGAGGGGUCCACUAGCGCUAAGGUGUGGAUGUUGGAGUGUUGCUCUUCUUAGUCUUUUUUUAUAGAUAGCUUGAAAGAAAGCACUGCAGACCUCCCCCAUGACGAUGUCUUCCAUUAAGAUCGAGUGCGUUUUACGGGAAAACUGCCGAUGCGGCGAGUCUCCGGUGUGGGAGGAGGCGUCCAACUGUCUGCUCUUUGUUGAUAUUCCUGCAAAAAAGGUUUGCCGGUGGGAUUCACUGAACCAGCAAAUGCAGCAGGUGACCGUGGAUGCCCCAGUCAGCUCCGUGGCCCUUCGCCAAUCAGGAGGUUAUGUUGCCACAGUCGGAACAAAGUUCUGUGCUUUGAACUGGGAAGAUCGAUCAUCAGUGGUCCUGGCUGCAGUAGAUAAAGACAAGAAAAACAAUCGAUUCAAUGACGGGAAGGUGGAUCCCGCUGGGAGAUACUUCGCUGGCACCAUGGCUGAAGAAACAGCCCCGGCUGUUCUGGAGCGCCACCAAGGGUCCCUGUACUCCCUCUUUCCUGACCACCAUGUGGAAAAGUACUUCAACCAGGUGGACAUCUCCAAUGGCUUGGAUUGGUCCCUGGACCACAAAAUCUUCUAUUACAUUGACAGCCUGUCCUACUCUGUGGAUGCCUUUGACUAUGACCUGCAGACAGGAAAGAUCUCCAACCGCAGAAGUGUUUACAAGCUGGAAAAAGAAGAACAAAUCCCAGAUGGAAUGUGUAUUGACACUGAGGGGAAGCUCUGGGUGACCUGUUACAACGGAGGAAGGGUGAUUCGUUUAGAUCCAGAGACAGGAAAAAGACUGCAAACUGUGACAUUGCCUGUUGAGAAAACUACCUCAUGCUGCUUCGGAGGGAAGGAUUAUUCUGAAAUGUAUGUGACCUGUGCCCGGGAUGGACUGGACCCUGAGGGUCUUUUGCGGCAACCUGAAGCUGGUGGAAUUUUCAAGAUAACUGGCCUGGGGGUCAAAGGAAUUCCUCCCUAUACCUAUGCAGGAUGAGUGACAGGCCUUCUUUCCUACUGGAGGGACUUUUGAAGGCAGCUAGAUGAUUCUGGAACUGACAUUUUGAUCUAGUUACAAAAAAAAAGAAGAAGCAAUAUUAUUAAUAGGGUUAAAUUUUUAUUUACAAUUUUUAAAAGAGAGCAUUUUUAACAAGGGGGUGACAGGUGGUUUUGAUAAUGCUACAAGGCUUUCUGUAAAGGUACUAUAGAAAUGUAAAGAAUAUUCAACUGUCAACCAGCCUCUUGAUUCUUUGCAAAUUGCUGAGGGGAGGGGGGCACUGUUUCUACAUUCCAUCUUUACUAUACCUAAGGCUUCAAAAAACUAAUAAAUAAUACUUGGUAAUGACUUAG